GAGGUAACCCAGGAUCGUGGAUAGAUCUUUGAUAAAAUGGAGAAGAUCUGCGUCGCAGUCCGAGUUCGGCCUCGGAUUUCAGAGGAUUCCUUCUGUGGUAAUUUCUGGAAGGCUGAAGAGAAUCGCAUUUCUCUUCACAAGGUUCAUGGCACUCCUUUGUCUGCCUAUUCUUAUGCUUUUGACCACAUAUUUGAUGAAAGCAGCACAAAUGCUAGUGUCUACGACCUCCUUACUAAGGAUAUUAUAAAUGCUGCUGUGGAAGGUUUCAAUGGAACUGCGUUUGCUUAUGGGCAGACCAGUAGUGGCAAGACUUACACUAUGAAUGGCUCAGAAACAGAUCCGGGGCUAAUUCCUCGUGCAGUUGAAGAUAUAUUUCGCAAAAUUCAGAUGGCAUCUGAUCGUGAGUUUCUUAUUCGAGUUUCUUACAUGGAAAUCUAUAAUGAAGAAAUCAACGACCUUCUUGUGGUAGAGAAUCAGAAAUUGCAAAUUCAUGAGAGUUUGGAGCGUGGAAUAUUUGUUGCAGGCCUCCGGGAGGAGAUAGUCAAUAAUGCUGAACAAGUUUUAAAUCUCAUUAAAGCAGGGGAAGUCAACAGGCACUUUGGUGAGACAAAUAUGAACGCUAGGAGUAGCAGAUCGCACACAAUAUUUAGGAUGGUGAUAGAAAGCAAGGGGAAGGAUUCCAAUUCCUGCGAUUAUAUGACAAGUGAUGCUGUCCGAGUUUCAGUAUUGAAUUUGGUGGAUCUAGCUGGGUCUGAAAGGAUUGCUAAGACUGGAGCUGGUGGAGUGCGUUUGAAGGAAGGGAAACACAUUAACAAGAGUUUAAUGAUUCUUGGCAAUGUCAUAAAUAAACUAAGUGAAGGUUCAAAGCAAAGGGGGCAUAUUCCUUAUCGUGAUAGUAAAUUAACUCGUAUUCUCCAACCGGCUCUUGGUGGUAAUGCGAAAACUUCCAUCAUUUGCACCGUAGCACCGGAAGAGGUUCACAUUGAAGAAACAAAGGGAACUCUUCAAUUUGCUAGUAGAGCCAAACGCAUCACUAAUUGCGUUCAAGUGAAUGAGAUUUUGACCGACGCUGCAUUGUUAAAGCGGCAGAAGUUAGAGAUAGAGGAGCUACGUGGGAAACUUCAGGGAUCACAUGCUGAAGUGCUCGAGCAGGAGAUUCUUAAAUUAAGGAAUGAUAUGCUCAAGUAUGAACUGGAGCGUGAGAAGCUUGAGAUGGAACUGGAAGAGGAGAGGAAGUCACGUGAUCAGUGGAUUAAGGAGCAACAGAUGAAAGUCGGAAGUCUCAGUGGUGUUGUUUCUUUGUCAGAUUGUGAGAGGAACGGAAGUCAGGAUUCUUCGAGGCAGAGUCCUGAGGAAGAGUGCAAUGAAAUUAAUAGUACAUCUCAAGAAGAUAUUUUUGGAACCCCUUGUUUAAAGGCGCCUUCCAAUGCUUUUGUUGCCACGCGUUCAAAUUAUUCAACAAUGCCAGAUUACAGCCCUCUUCCAGAUGCUUUCAGCAAUGUGGCUGAUGAAAAUACGUGGCUGAAAUUGAACAAAGGUUAUGUAGCAGAUCUUGAUUCACUUCAAGCUACCCCCGCUCGACAAGUUCAAUCAUUCCAGGGCUGUUUGAGUGAAAAGCGUGAACAAGAGGUUCAAGAUUUGAAGAGACAACUGGAACUUGCCAAUCGAAAGAUAAAUGAACUCGAGAGAAAGAAUUCGGAGGAAGCGGAACCGAACAAGCAAUCAAUAUCUAUAACACCUGAACAUCAACGAGAAGGGGAAGAUCCUCAGAGGUUAACUAAAUCCGUGGGAAACUUCAAAGGCAACUUUGAGGAAGUUUUGUCAGUAUUGCAGAGAUGUGUAUCAGAUGGCAAAUUAUCGGCUGCGGAAGUGCUUUCGACCAUGAGUGAAAUAGGAGCGCAGCUAUUUGAUGCUUUAGAAGCUCAUUUUACAGUAGACAUGUGUGAUGGCAGGUCUUCCACCGGGAAAGGUGCUUUGAUCCGCGAACAACAAAAACAGCUUCAUGAGAGGCUGAAUACUAUAAUCACGUCAUUGGAAUCAUCAGACAGCACAAUCGCUGAGAAGGAACGAGUGAGGAGUCCUUGUUGCCGCUGCAAACUUAAGGGCUCUGAUUUGGGAGAAACUUCUAUUUCAAAGGAGACGCUGUGCGAUGAACUCAACUCCAUCAAAGAAAGGUGCCGGGGCUUAGAGGAAGAGGUUAGUAUCAAUAAUCGCCUCCUGGAGGCUUCAAAAGAUAAAUAUAAUAGCCUGGAAAAGGAGUUUCUACUUUUAAAAGAGGAAAGAGACUCUUUGCUCCCGAUAGUCUAUGACUCAUCCCAUAGACUUGAAAUGGUUUCAAACCAAAAGGAAAAUGCCUUGAAGGACUUGAAUACCGAAGUACUGAAAAGAAAACAUCUCGAAGGAGAGCUUAAGCAGUUCACUGCAGCUUUUGCCUCCCGUCAGAGAUCACUCAUGUCCUUCCACGACGAAUUUAGGAGCAAGGUUGAGAAAUUAAGAGCUCAGACUACAAUCUCAGUACCCAAAUCUCUUGGGUUUCAAGACUAGUUACGUAGUAAACGGGCAAUGCCUUUGUGCCUUCUGUUUCUUAUGUAUUGUAGAUUAACCUUGUACUGUCACGAAAUAUUUAUUUAGAUUU